AUGUCCUGUCGCAUCAUCAGUGGAGUUAUUCUACUCGUCUUGUUCAUUCUGCUGAUUUUCUUCUGCCGGCACUUCACCGUUGAGCGUGGUGAUUACGACACUCGCGAGGCCAAGGGAACCAAAAACGUGUACGUCGCCGACUUGGCAAUUCGGGAUGGCCGUACGGGGCAGCCAGAAAUGCGUGGCCAGGAAUGAUCCCUAUACGCUUGUCAUAUCUGGUACCAGUUGCAGGCUGCCUCUCACUCGAUUUUGUGCUGGGCGCCUAUAAAUGGAGCCUUAACUCGAGUGUAUCUAAAUCAGUCGCCCUCAAACCAGAUUCAACAUGAGCCGCUGAAAUCAGCUACCACUUCGUGUCGACUCGUACUUCAGUUGACUCGCGACAAAGCACUUUAUGACAAAGCUUCUCUCGAAUUCACUGAUCCGACCUCACCAUGGAUCGCUUUGUAA